GUGGUGCAGUGCAGUGCAGUGCAGUGUGGUGGUGUGAGUUCCUUCAGAUCACCAGCCAGUGCUUCAUUCUCACUUCAGAUACCAGAGCAGUGCGAGUGUCAUCCAACAUGGCUACCCGGUGGGGCAUCUGUGGCGCGGGGAAGAUCUGCCAUGAUUGGAACGUGGCCAUGAAGACUCUUCCAGCGGAGGACCAUCAGGUUGUGGCUGUGGCAGCGAGGAGCCUGGAGCGUGCGCAGGACUUUGCCAAAAAGCACAGCAUCCCGCAGGCUUAUGGCAGCUACGAGGAGCUCGCCAAGGACCAAAACAUCGAUAUCGUGUACCUCGGGGUUCUGCACACCCAGCACCUGCGCGUGGGGCUCCUCUUCCUCAACGCAGGCAAGAACGUGCUGUGUGAGAAGCCCUUCGCCAUGAACUCCUCCGAGGUCAAGCAGCUGGUGGACGCCGCCAAGAAGAACAACGUCUUCCUCAUGGAGGGUAUCUGGUCGCGCUGCUUCCCCGUGCAGCGGGAGGUGAGCCGGCUGCUGGCGGAGGAGGCGCUGGGGGAGGUGAAGGUGGCCAAGGCCUACUUCGGCUCCCCUCAGCUGCACAUCCCGCGCUCCGUGGAGGCCGCGCUGGGGGGAGGUGCCCUGCUGGACAUCGGCGUCUACUGCCUGCAGUUCGUGCUCAUGGUGUUCAAUGGGGAACGGCCCGAGUCCAUCCACGCCACGGGACACCGGCUGGAGUCAGGAGUGGAUGAGAUCAUGAUUGUGGUGCUGAAGUUCUCCAGGAACCGCAUUGGUCUGUGUGGCUUCUCCAUCGGUGUACCAAUGCCCAACGACGCCACAGUCUGUGGAACCAAGGGGACCAUCAGAAUCCCCGGCCCCAUGCACUGCCCCUCAGCACUGGUGGUGAAUGGGAAGGAGACGGAGUACCCGCUGCCUGAGCCCUGCAUGCCCAUGAACUUCACCAACAGCACGGGGCUGCGCUACGAGGCAGAGGAGGUGCGCCAGUGUCUGCUCAAAGGGUUGAAGGAGAGCACCAGGAUGCCUCUGGCCGACUCUGUCCUCCUCACAGAGAUCAUGGAUGAAGCCAGACGACAAGUGGGGGUGGUCUUCAGCCAGGAUAAACAAUGACAUCGCUACCUCCACUACAUCUUAAUGAUGUGAAUGUUGAAUGAUACACAGUCAGAGCUUAAAUACCCUACACAGCAUGUAGGCCUACAUAUUAUGCUGAGUGGUAGGGUCUAAACAUACAAAUUAUGUACGAAUGAAAUAAAAAAAAAACAGCUGAAUUUCACUACUGUCUGUGCUAGUUAUGAGUGUUCUUGAAUAAAUCAUUCAGUUUGGAUAA